AUGGCUGAAUGGUUAAAGCGCCCAACUCAUAAUUGGAGAAUACUUAAUAAUACGGCGAAACAUUUAUACAAAACACCUAUCCCGAGCACACGCAAGGGAACCGUAGACAGGCAAGUGAAAUCCAAUCCACGAAAUAAAUUGAUCCAUGGACGGCACCGUUGUGGUAAAGGUCGUAAUGCCAGAGGAAUCAUUACCGCAAGGCAUAGAGGGGGAGGUCAUAAGCGCCUAUACCGUAAAAUCGAUUUUCGACGGAAUCAAAAAGACAUAUCUGGUAGAAUCAUAACCAUAGAAUACGACCCUAAUCGAAAUGCAUACAUUUGUCUCAUACACUAUGGGGAUGGUGAGAAGAGAUAUAUUUUACAUCCCAGAGGGGCUAUAAUUGGAGAUACUAUUGUUUCUGGUACAAAAGUUCCUAUAUCAAUGGGAAAUGCCCUACCUUUGAAAUCUACUUCAACCGAUAUGCCCUUAGGCACGGCCAUACAUAACAUAGAAAUCACACGUGGAAGGGGUGGGCAAUUAGCUAGAGCAGCAGGUGCUGUAGCGAAACUGAUUGCAAAAGAGGGUAAAUUGGCCACUUUAAGAUUACCAUCUGGGGAGGUCCGUUUGGUAUCCCAAAACUGCUUAGCAACAGUCGGACAAGUGGGUAAUGUUGGGGUGAACCAAAAAAGUUUGGGUAGAGCCGGAUCUAAGUGUUGGCUAGGUAAACGCCCCGUAGUAAGAGGGGUAGUUAUGAACCCUGUGGACCACCCCCAUGGGGGUGGUGAAGGGAAAGCCCCCAUUGGUAGAAAAAAACCCACAACCCCUUGGGGUUAUCCUGCGCUUGGAAGAAGAACUAGGAAAAGGAAAAAAUAUAGUGAUAGUUUUAUUCUUCGUCGCCGUAAGUAAAUACGUAACUAGGAAUAUGGAAAAUUGCAUUUUUGGAAUUUGCAAUAAUGCGAUGGGCGAACGACGGGAAUUGAACCCGCGCAUGGUGGAUUCACAAUCCACUGCCUUGAUCCACUUGGCUACAUCCGCCCCUUAUCCAGCUAAAGGAUUUUCUCUUUUUUCCAUUCAUUAUUAUUCUAUUUAUUCUGACCUCCAUACCUCGAUCGAGAUAGUGGACAUAGGAUGCCACUCUUUAAAAUGAAAAAAAGGAGUAAUCAGCUGUGACACGAAAAAAAACGAAUCCUUUUGUAGCUCGUCAUUUAUUGGCAAAAAUCGAAAAGGUCAAUAUGAAGGAGGAGAAAGAAAUAAUAGUAACGUGGUCCCGGGCAUCUAGCAUUCUACCCGCAAUGGUUGGCCAUACAAUCGCGAUUCAUAAUGGAAAAGAACAUAUACCUAUUUACAUAACAAAUCCUAUGGUAGGUCGCAAAUUGGGGGAAUUCGUGCCUACUCGGCAUUUCACGAGUUAUGAAAGUACAAGAAAGGAUACUAAAUCUCGUCGUUAAUUGAAUUCAGAAUAGAAAGAUUCAGAAUAAACAAAGAAAUACCCAAUAUCCUGUUGGAACAAGAUAUUGGGUAUUUCCGGCUUUCCUUCCUUCAAAAAUUCCUAUAUGUUUAGGAGAAAAACCUUAUCCAUUAAGGUAAGGAACUUCAAGAGCAGCUAGGUCUAGAGGGAAGUUGUGAGCAUUACGUUCGUGCAUUACCUCCAUACCAAGAUUAGCACGGUUGAUGAUAUCAGCCCAAGUAUUAAUAACGCGACCUUGGCUAUCAACUACAGAUUGGUUGAAAUUGAAACCAUUUAGGUUGAAUGCCAUAGUACUAAUACCUAAAGCAGUGAACCAGAUCCCUACUACAGGCCAAGCAGCCAAGAAGAAGUGUAAAGAACGAGAAUUGUUGAAACUAGCAUAUUGGAAGAUUAAUCGACCAAAAUAACCGUGAGCAGCCACAAUAUUAUAAGUCUCUUCUUCCUGACCAAAUUUGUAACCCUCAUUAGCAGACUCAUUUUCAGUGGUUUCCCUGAUCAAACUAGAGGUUACCAAGGAACCAUGCAUAGCACUGAAUAGGGAACCGCCGAAUACACCAGCUACACCUAACAUGUGAAAUGGAUGCAUAAGGAUGUUGUGCUCUGCCUGGAAUACAAUCAUAAAGUUGAAAGUACCAGAUAUUCCUAAAGGCAUACCAUCAGAGAAACUUCCUUGACCAAUAGGGUAAAUCAAGAAAACAGCAGUAGCAGCUGCAACAGGAGCUGAAUAUGCAACAGCAAUCCAAGGGCGCAUACCCAGACGGAAACUAAGUUCCCACUCACGACCCAUAUAACAAGCUACACCAAGUAAGAAGUGUAGAACAAUUAGCUCAUAAGGACCGCCAUUGUAUAACCAUUCAUCAACAGAUGCAGCUUCCCAAAUUGGGUAAAAAUGCAAUCCGAUCGCCGCAGAAGUAGGAAUAAUAGCACCAGAGAUAAUAUUGUUUCCAUAAAGUAAAGAACCAGAAACAGGCUCACGAAUACCAUCAAUAUCUACUGGAGGAGCAGCGAUGAAGGCGAUAAUAAAUACGGAAGUUGCGGUCAAUAAGGUAGGGAUCAUCAAAACACCGAACCAUCCAAUGUAAAGACGGUUUUCGGUGCUAGUUAUCCAGUUGCAGAAGCGACCCCACAGGCUUGUACUUUCGCGUCUCUCUAAAAUUGCAGUCAUGGUAAGAUCUUGGUUUAUUCAAAUUGCAAGGACUCCCAAGCACACGUAUUAACUAGAAAGAAAAUAGAUAAUAGAAGGCUUGUUAUUUAACAGUAUAACAUAGUCUAUAUACCAAUGUCAACCAAGCCAGCCCCAACGAUUGGAUUUUCGUAUAACUUCAUUUACCAAAUCCAAAAAUUUGGGAAAUUAAGUUAGUAAAAAUGAAAAACUCAGAUUGCUCUUUUCUAUUUUCCAUAUGGGUUGCCCGGGACUCGAACCCGGAACUAGUCGGAUGGAGUAGAUAAUUCUUCCUUGUUACAAUAGAAAAAACCCCUCCCCAAAUCGUGCUUGCAUUUUUCAUUGCACACGACUUUCCCUAUGUGGAAAUAGCCAAUUUCUAUUCCGAAGAGGAAGUCCACUAAUUUUGAGAAUUUUUAAUUAGUUAAAGUGAUUCACCUACUAUGGAACAUUUCAGAAUGGAAAAUGUGCAAGUUUUAUCUUGAUAUCGAUCUUUUCUAGUUUAUUAAUUUUGUCUAAUGAUUAAUUAAGAGUAAGAGGAUUCACCAGGUCAUUGAUACGGAUAAUAUCCAAAUACCAAAUACGCUCACUGUGUGAUCCAUGGAAAGAAAAGUGAAUUGUUUUGGUGAACAUCAAAGAAAAAACUUGCUCUUCUUCCGUAAAAAAUUCUUCUAAAAAUACCGAACCCAAUCGUUGCAUAAAAGUUCGUACCGUACUUUUAUGUUUACGAGCUAAAGUUCUAGCACAUGAAAGUCGAAGUAUAUAUUUUAGUCGAUACAAAGUCUGUUUUUUCGAAGAUCCACUAUGAUAAUGAAAAAUAUUUCUACAUAUCCGACCAAAACGAUCAAGAAUAUCCCAAUCUGAUAAAUCAGUCCAAACGGGUUUACUAAUAGGAUGCCCCGAUCCAGUACAAAAUUGAGCUUUUGAUAAGGAUCCGACAAGGGGAGUUGCAAGGACUGUGGUAUCGAAUUUUUUCAUUCGAGUAUCUAUUAGAAAAGAAUUCUCCAGCAUUUGAUUCCUUACUAACAAAGUAUUUAUUGGUACACUUGAAAGGUACCCCAGAAAAUCGAAGCAAGAGUUUGUUAAUUGGUUUAGACGAAUCCUUUGUGGUUGAGUCCAAAAAGAGAAAAAAUAUUGCGAGAAAUUGACAAGGUAAGAUUUCCAUUUCUUCUUCAAAAGAAGAGUGCCUUUUGAUGCAAGAAUUGCCUUUCCUUGAUAUCGAACAUAAUGCAUAAGAGGAUCCAUAAAGAACCAUAUGGUUUUCCGAAAAAACCCCGGGUACAUUACACCAAAAUGUUCCAUCUUCCCAGAAAAGAUGAUUCGUUCCAGAAAGGUUCCAGAAGAUGUUAAUCGUAAGCAAGAAGAUUGUUUAUGAAGAAACAACAAGAAAAAUUCAUAUUCUGAUACAUAAGAGUUAUAUAGGAAUCGAAAUAGUCUUUUAUUUUCUUUUUUCAAAAGAAAAAUGGAUUUCAUUGAAGUAAUAAAACUAUUCCAAUUCGAAUAAUAGUGGAGAAAGAAUCGCAAUAAAUGCAAAGAGGGAACAUCUUGAAUCCGGUAUUCAAGGAGUUGAACCAGGAUUUCUAAAUGGAUAGGAUAGGGUAUUUUUAUAUGUGAUAGAUAAUGUAAAUGCAAAAAUUUGUCUUCUAAAAAGGGAAAUAUUGAAUGAAUAGAUUGUAAAUUUUGAAAAUUUGGUAUUUCUUUUUCUUCCGGACAAGAUAGUUGCCCUAGCGAGAGUGGGAUUUCUACAACGAUCGCAAACCCCUCAGAUAGAAUCUGAGAAUAAAACUCAGAAUAAAAAUAAUUACGGUGAUCCAACAAUCGAUCUUGGUUAGGAUAAUUAACCGAAUUAAUUAAAAAAUUCUGCUGAUACAUUCGAAUAAUUAAACGUUUCACAAGUAGUGAACUAAAUUUCUUGUUAUUACAACCAAAAAUUUCCACGGGUUCGGAACCAUUUAAUCCAUAAUCAUGAGCAAAUGCAUAAAUAUAUUCCUGAAAGAGAAGUGGGUAGACGAAGUAGUGUUGACGAGAUUUCUGUUUUUCUGAAUACCCUUCGAAUUUUUCCAUUUGUAUUUCUACUUGAAAUAGAGAAAAAAAGCAUUUCUCGGUUUAUCAAAUGAUGAUACAUAGUGCAAUAUGGUCAGAACAAGGUGUUGCAUAAUACAAACCCAGGAAAGAAAGGGAGUCUAAUCCAUAGAACUUUUUCCACUCCUUUUCUAUCUAAUUAGUUUAUGUUUGUUCUAAUUAUAAAACAAACAAGAACAAAUCUUUUAUUUUUGCAGGCCAAUCGCUCUUUUGACUUUGGAAUACAGUCUCUUUAUCAAUAUACUGUUUCUUUUACACAUUCAAUUCAUAACAUCUCUUUUCAAUCCAUAAUCAAGAAUAAUUAGGAUUUCUAAAAAAAAAAAGUAAAGGGUCCAUUCAUAGGAAAACCUAACCUUUCCCCACAUUAGGCACUAAUCUAUUUUUAACGUCUAAUUAGAUCGGGGAAUCCUUCCAAUUAACCAAUUAAGAAGUUAAGCUCGUUGCUUUUUUUUUAUUUUACCAGAAUUAGAGCCAGGCUCUAUCCAUUUAUUCACUAGACCCAGAAAAUCAGAAUUUUUUUUAUUAAAAAAAAAAAAGAAAUUGAUUUUAUUACGACAUGCUAUUUUUUCCAUUCAUUACCUUUGAGGAUCAGUCGUGGUCUUCUAGACUCUACCAAGAGUCUGGACGAAUUUGUUGCUUCAUCCAAAUGUGUAAAAGAUCAUAGCCGCACUUAAAAGCCGAGUACUCUACCAUUGAGUUAGCAACCCGGAUAAAAUAGGAUCUCUUAGAUACGAUCAAAAUCUAAAAAUCGAUGAAAUUAUACCACAUUGAAUUAGCAAGACAUCAAAAGAAAGAUUUUCUAAUCCAUUAAAAACACUCAAAUACAAAAAUGAACAGAUCCGGUUAAAUUUCACUAAGGCUAAGGGUAAAAAAAAAAAGCAGCCCCAAUCACAAUGGCAAAAUUGUGAUUUUUUUGGCAAUUUAAAGAAGUAAAAUAAUCUUGUAUGUGUAUGAGAGUACAUGCAAGAGGGGCAACCCUAUCAUUUGAAUGAAGUGUAGACAGAAAUACCUAAUAUGGAGUGACAAUAAAGAGACCCAUCUAUCUACAAAUUCUAUUUGUUCAAUAGACCUUUGUCAAUGCAAAUACAAUGUAAUUAGAUAUAAAAAGGAAAUAAAAUAGGGACUUUUGUUGGAUUGGCACGACAUAAAUGCAGCAAAAAAAAAAUAGGACUAAGAAAGAGGCAAAUUGUGUCUAAAUAAUUAAGGGGUACUAAGGACCCUCUCCUACUUUUUUAUUCAUUUAGUUCUUCAAUUAACUCAAAGUUCUUUCUUUAUCUUUAAAGAAUUCUGCCUUCCUUAAAAUAUCAUAAACUGUUCUUGUAGGUUGAGCACCCUUUUCAAGGAAAUAGAGAAUAGCUGGAACAUUUAAACAAGUUUGAUUCUUUAUCGGAUCAUAAAAACCUACUUUUCGAAGAUCUCUUCCUUCUCUUCGAGAUCGAACAUCAAUUGCAACGAUUCGAUAGAUAGCUUAUUGGGAUAGAUGUAGAUAAACAACCCCCCCCUAGAAACGUAUAGGAGGUUUUCUCCUCAUACGGCUCGAGAAAAUGAUUCGAAUUUCUGUCUAUAAUGCAAUCUGUCUAUAAUGCAAAUAGAUAGAAAUUCGAUUAUGACUUGCAUUAAUUUCCUUAAAGAAAAGAAAAAACAAAUUUCAUUUAUACUCAUGACUCAAGUUGGCUAAUUUUUACUGACAAACUUCAAAAGAAAAACCCUUCGAAAUUUUUUGAGUCGUCUCUAAACUCUUUUCUUUAUCUCAUCUCGAACAAAUUGACUUUUAUUCCUUAUUCAGAUCUAAUUCUAUUGUUGAGACGGUUGAAAAUCGUGUUUACUUGUUCCGGAAUCCUUUAUCUUUGAUUUGUGAAAUCCUUGGGUUUAGACAUUACUUCGGGAACUCCUAUUCUUUUUUCUUUCAAAAGAGUAGCAACAUACCCUUUCUUUUUUCUUAUUUCCUUCGAUAAAGCAUUUCACUCUUCUAUAGAAAUCAAAUAUGAACAAUUGAUUCAGAUAGACUUUUCAUCAAAAAAGUUUUUCCAAUCUUCCAAAAUUAGACUUUUUCUUAUUUUAACCUUUUGAUUUCUAUAUUAAGGAUAGACUGACAAAGUUGGCCUAAUUUAUUAGUUUUCACUAACCCUAGAUUCUUUCCCUUGAUCAAAAAGAAAUUCUGUCCUCUCGAGCUCCAUCGUGUACUAUUUACUUUACUUACAAACAACCCAGCGAAAAUUCGGUUCGGGACGAAUAGAACAGACUAUGUCGAGCCAAGAGCAUUUUCAUUACUAUGGAAAAUGAUGGAUAGGCAAAUCCACAAUCGAUCAUGUCCUUCAAGUCGCACGUUGCUUUCUACCACAUCGUUUUAAACGAAGUUUUACCAUAACAUUCCUCUAAUUUCAUUGCAAAAUGGUAUCGAGAAUUGAUCCAAUAUGGAUGGAAUCAUGAAUAGUCAUUGCUUUUGUAUACUAAUUCAAACCUGCUAUCUAUGGAGAAAAUUGGAUAAAAGAAAUAAGUAUUUAUCGGGGAACACUCUGCAAAGAUACAAUUUAUUUAAACCCAUAUUCUAUCAUAUGAAUGAAACAUAGUUCGAAAAAGAGGAAUAAAAUAGUUUACUUAAGACUUAUUUAUUAUUAUUAUUGAAUUUCCAUUUUCAACAGAGAACUCAAGAUGAUUAAUCCUGAAAUGAGAAGGAUCCACUCUUUCCCAACAAAUAAACUAUCAACCUCAAAAAAAGUGGAAUUAAUUUAAUGAAUUAAUCUAUUUUUCUGUAACAAAAACAAUUAACUAUAUAAACAAAUAAGCUAUGCCAAUGAAAAGAUUGGUCGUUUUUGAGUAGUUCUAAAAUUCUCAUACUUCUUCGACUCGAAUAACAAAAGAAAGAACUCAAAAUAAAAAAUAAGAAAAGUACGAUUUUUUCGAAUCCAUUCUAUCCAACGAACAGUUCUUACCUUAACCUUACCGAAAUGGAUCAUUCUGGAUAUUUAAAGAAUCACAGAUCGAGAUCGUUUUCGCUUAACCAAAGAAAAGAAGGACGCUUCUUUUUUACUAAUAAUACAAGAAAACAAAUAAUACAACAAAAAUCUAUCUCUAUCAUAAAGGGAUAGGUCUCAUUUUCUAUACAGUGUUUUACCUCAUUAAUUUUUUUUUUUUUUACUUACUUUAGUUCUUUAGUUUUGGGAAAAUAAAUAGGGGGUACUUCUUUUCUUUCAUAUUGGGUGUCAAAUGGAUCCUGUAAGAAUUCCCACUUCAUAGAUACGGGGUAUAAAGUUUAUCCAAAAAGUUCCAAUUUCAAAACACAUAUUCAAAACACAUAUGAGUAAUGAGUAGUAGGGGCAUAUCCUGAAUGUGCCUGAUAGACAAAAAUUUUUCAUGAAAAUAAAGAUAUUAAAUUUGACUGGACUUGACACUUUAUUUUUUGUUUUCUGAGAAAGAAAAAAAUGCUUAGAAAUGCAUCUAAUCUACGAGUUCAUAAGAGAUAAUUAUUCUCUUUAAUAAACUUUUGUGUCGUGCAGGGCACAAUACGAUUCUAUCUUUCGCUUCAUCAGAAAAAAUCUGGGACGAAAGGAUUCGAACCUCCGAGUAACGGGACCAAAACCCGCUGCCUUACCACUUGGCCACGCCCCAUGUCAUUUCGUUUUAUGAAACACUAAUAAACACUAUUAUUUUUAUAUAUUAUUCGUCAAUCCCACUUCAAUUACCUAAAAAAUGAGGGAUAUUUUCUUGCUAGGAUUCUAGACAUGCAGAUAAUAUAGAAUCCAAAAAAUGCAUUGAUCAUUACAUGGAAUUCUAUUAAGAUAUUAUAUGAAAGUCGAAUUUCUUCCAUUCUCAUUUGAGAAUGCGAAUACAAGGAGGUAUUUUGUGUUUGGGAAAGUCCGAAGAAAAAAGGAUUUGGAAUCUACCUUUUCUUUUGCUUUUUCCCUUAUAAAAAUAACUCAAUCAAAAUCCAAUUAUCUACUCUACAAGAAUGAAAUGCUUGUUAUGCCUAAUAUACUUAGUUUAACCUGUAUCUGUUUUAAUUCUGUUCUUUGUCCGACUAGCUUUUUCUUCGCCAAAUUACCCGAAGCUUAUGCCAUUUUCAACCCAAUCGUGGAUGUUAUGCCUGUCAUACCUGUACUCUUUUUUCUAUUAGCGUUUGUUUGGCAAGCUGCUGUAAGUUUUCGAUGAAAUCUUUACUAUUCUGCCUGCCAAAUUGAAUGAUGUAUUCAUUCCAAAAAAAAAAAUGGAUAAGAGCCGAGAAGUCUUAUAUUAUGAACCUUCGAUUCUAAAAUGAAAAUUCUUCUACAUUGAAUGUAUAGCUGCAGCAAUAAAUUUUGAUCAGCCUUUCUACCCCCUGCGCCUACGUUGAACAGGUACCUUUAGGUACCCACACAAUACCUAAACUAAUUUUUGAUAUUGAUAAGAGUGCUUAUUAUAAAGCAAUUCUUGCAAUUUUUUUAAGAAUUGAUUUUUGCAUUUUUAGGUGUCAAAAUAAAGAAAACCCAUCCUAGUGGAUCCGUGUGGUAAGGAAAAAUGGGUAAUCUAUUCCUUAACAAAAAAAAUUUUGGAGAUUAUGUAAUGCUUACUCUCAAACUUUUUGUUUAUACAGUAGUGAUAUUCUUUGUUUCCCUCUUUAUCUUUGGAUUCUUAUCUAAUGACCCAGGACGUAAUCCUGGGCGUGAGGAGUAAAAAUCAAAAAUUUUUUGGAAUUUUUUCUUAUAAAUUUAAAUUGGAUUUAUUUCGUACAUUUAUUUAUGAGAAAAUCCGGGGGUCAGAAUUCCUUACAAUUCGAAAGUCCCAAAUGAUCCGAGGGGGCGGAAAGAGAGGGAUUCGAACCCUCGGUACAAAAAAA